AUGGCAGACACCGAUUCCACUCUGUGCGACGACGAGGAAUAUACUCUAAAAAUUGAGGCAGAGUCGGUUGUAAAUGAAAUCGCUUAUGCUGUGAAAUGUGUGCAGCUUUCAGAUGUCCUUCCCUCGGCCGAUAACUUGAUCUAUCUCAAUCUACGCACGAAAGAAAACCAAAAGUAUUGCGUACAACUUUCUACAGAAGGUUUUCAAAUAGUCGGUCAUGAUUUCGAUAGCCUUGAUAAUGUCAGUAAUGGCAAAUAUUUUGAGACCAUCUACAGCCUCUUGGACAACGUCAGUCCCGAGUACCGAAAUUCUUUUGGCGAUGUUCUUCUCUCCAAACUACAAAAAGUACAGGAACAACAAGAACAGGUCUCUGAGAAGGACGAUCUACAAUGA